AUGGCAUCAUCAUUCUACAAGGACUGGGAGCCAGAGGGUCCCACGGUCAAGACCGAGAUUCCGGGCCCCAAAGCCAAGGAGGCCAUCAAGGAGCUUGAUGAGGUCUUUGACACUCGGAGCUUGAACAUGCUCACUGAUUACCAUAAGAGCGUGGGCAACUACAUUGCCGAUCCUGAUGGCAAUGUCUUGCUUGAUGUCUACGCUCAAAUUGCCUCCAUCCCCAUCGGCUACAACAACCCCGUCCUGCAAGACGCCGCCCUCAGUUCCGACAUGGUCAACAGCAUCAUUAACCGCCCCGCCCUCGGCAACUUCCCGCCCACCGACUGGGCCUCGGUGCUCAAGACGGGCAUCCUCAAGGUCGCGCCCAAGGGGCUCAACCAAGUCUUCACCGCCAUGGCCGGCUCCGACGCCAACGAAACCGCCUACAAAGCCGCCUUCAUGUGGCGCCGGCAAAAGGAGCGCGGCGGCCCCCAGGUGGAAUUCACCGCCGAAGAAAUGGAGUCCGCCAUGAUCAACCAAUCGCCCGGCGCUUCGUCCUUGUCCAUCCUCUCCUUCAAGUCCGCCUUUCACGGCCGCUUGUUCGGUUCGCUAUCGACCACCCGCUCCAAGCCUAUCCACAAGCUGGACAUCCCCGCUUUCGACUGGCCGCAGGCGACUUUCCCGCUGCUCAAAUACCCCCUCGAAGAGCACGCCGAGGAGAACGCGGCCGCCGAGCAGGCCGCGCUGGACGAAGUCGAGCACCUGAUCAAGACUUACCACAUCCCGCCCGCGGCGGUCAUGGUUGAGCCGAUCCAGUCCGAGGGCGGCGACAACCACGCCUCGCCCGCCUUCUUUAGGGGUCUGCGCGCCAUCACCAAGAAGCACGGCGUCCUGCUGAUCGUGGACGAAGUCCAGACCGGCGUCGGCGCUACAGGAAAGUUCUGGGCCCACGAGCACUGGGACCUGCAAGAUCCUCCCGACAUGGUGACCUUUUCCAAGAAGGCCCAGACGGCCGGUUACUACUUUGGCAACCCGGAGCUGCGCCCCAACAAGCCUUACAGACAGUUCAACACGUGGAUGGGCGAUCCGGCCAGGGCUUUGCUUUUCAAGGCCAUCAUUGGCGAGAUUGAACGGUUGGGACUAGUGGAGCAUACGGCUCGAGUGGGUGACUAUCUGUAUGGCAAGCUGGAAGGACUGGCGCAGAAGUAUCCGGGCCAGUUUGCGAAUCUGAGAGGUAAAGGACAGGGAACGUUCAUUGCGUUUGAUAACCCGCGUAGAGACGAGUUUCUGGCGAGGGCGAAGAAGUUUGGGGUGAAUAUUGGCGGCAGUGGACAGAGCGCGGUUAGGUUGAGGCCCAUGUUGAUUUUCGAGGAGAAGCAUGCGGAUAUUUUGGUGGAUGCUUUGGAGAAGAUUGUCAAGUCGUUUCAAUAA